GUAAGUUAUUACUUCUUUCUUAAUUUUAGGCAUGGACGCUUUCAAGAAAGGAUGGUUUACAGAAACUGGAUCAUUGCAUGGUGAUAACGCAAUAUCUAUUGAAGUGGAUAAGAUUUUGCAUCGUGAGAAGACACCGUAUCAAGAUAUUUUAGUUUUCACUAGCAAAAGGUUUGGUGUUGUUCUUGUUCUUGAUAAUGCUGUCCAGUGCUCAGAAGCUGAUGAAUUUUCAUAUCAAGAAAUCAUCUCAUUUUUACCUCUGAAUUCACAUCCCAAUCCUAAAAAGGUCCUAGUUAUUGGAGGUGGUGAUGGUGGAGUGAUAAGAGAAGUAGUUAAACACCCAUGCGUUGAAUCUGUUAUUCUUUGUGAAAUUGAUGAGAGAGUGAUAGAAGUGUCAAAAGAGUUUUUACCUUUUAUGGCAAAAGGAUUUGACAGUCCAAAAGCCACAAUUUACGUUGGUGAUGGCGCUGAAUUUGUGAGGAAUCAUCCAGGGGAAUUUGAUGUCAUUAUCACUGACUCUUCUGAUCCUAUAGGUCCAGCUCAGGUUCUAUUUCAAAAGCCUUAUUAUGAAUCUUUGAACAAAGCUCUAAAGGAAGAUGGAAUUCUUUGCUCUCAAGGUGAAUCAUUUUGGUUUGAUCUUCCUCUAUUGAAAAGUAUGCUAAAAAUGUGUCGAGAGAUCUUUCCUGUAGUUGAUUACGCCACAUCGUAUGUUCCCACUUAUCCAGGAGGGCAAAUCGGCUACCUUCUUUGCGGGAAAUCACCAAAAACCAACUUUAGAAACCCAAUUCAUAAGUUUUCUUCUGAACAAGUUGAAGAACUCAAACUGAAGUAUUAUACAUCAGAUAUUCACAGAGCCUCAUUUACACUACCAUUGUUUGUUGCAAAGGAAAUGAACUUGUAUUCUACAAAAUAAAGAGAGCAAAUGUAGAUUUGUGCUUUUUGUAUUGAAAAUUACACUUGGAGCUUCAAUUUUUAUUUUUGAUGGCAUUUUUAUUUCAAAGAUGUUAGAAGUUGUACACUAUUUUUGUAUUUUAUAUUUGUAGAUUUAAAGUUUCAUAUUUUUAAGCUUGUUAAUUGUAUUUCCAUUCAAAAGAAAAAUUUAUAAGAAAAUAAAAAAUAUAGUUUUCUUUUUAUAUUAAA